UGCCAGACUUACAACCCCCCGAUAUGAUGCCUGUUAUAUGUGGUACAUGUCAGGGGAUUGUUACUUCAGCGAUUCUCUGCACAGUCGGUGGGACCGACACUUUCAGGCCAUUGGGCACAGUGUGGAGGGGGUCACAUACUUUUGCCUUGAUCCCUGGUUAGUAAAUACGUGAGGCAGCGCCUCCAUCUGUCAAAGGUCCAGGACUCCGUGUUUGGCUGCUGGAGAUAAUCUCUCGAUAAUCGGCUUAAUGUUCCCGGGGUAUAAAUACAGGAUGAGGCGCUGGAGCCUCCGAAAAAACGACGUAAAGCGCAUGGAGAAGUGUUCCUGAACGUGGAGCACAACACAGCCAGAUAUGAAUUCCAGCUCCCCAGCAGCCAGCGCCUUGGCCCCCGUAAACACUACUGGGGGGCCCACCACACCUCGUAAGGGGCCUCCCAAAUUCAAGCAGAGACAGACCCGGCAGUUCAAGAGCAAACCACCAAAGAAGGGAGUUAAAGGGUUCGGAGAUGAUAUUCCCGGGAUGGAAGGACUUGGAACAGACAUCACGGUCAUCUGCCCCUGGGAGGCCUUCAGCCACCUCGAGCUGCACGAGCUCGCCCAGUUUGGCAUCAUCUAAGAUUUCUCCUGACGACGUCUUACUUUUCAUCAAGUGAAGAAGAGCAAGAAACGAUAAUUAACAUCUGCUACUAAACCGACACCCGCCUGACCAGCGCCCGGCCGCCCCGUGGGACUGAAUCGUCAGGAGAGAAGUCCUCAGGAUGGAUAAUAAAAAAAUAAAUGGUCACCAUGAUGAUAACAAUUGGAGACCCCCCCCCAAUAAUGAACUGAGCGCUAAUAGAAUUGAUACUAUGUUGUGUUCCCGCAGCAGCCGCCAUCUUGAUUGCUCUAGAAAUGUUUCCGUUUUGUUCUAGGAAAUGUAGUUUUUGCAAGAACAGCAGAGGCCGUCCAGCGUGAAGUGACAGAGCCGAGACGACUAAGGGACGGCAUCCGGAUAUAAGAGGAAGAAGGCAGGAGGAACUAGGAAUUAUAAUGUUAUAUAGAUAAUAAGAAAACUGAACAGGAAUGGAGCAAAUAAUAAAGCUAUUAAUGAGAGUCAGUGUCAUAUAAAAACUAUAAUGUGAUCAUGAAAACAAUAUAAUAGUCUAACGGAGAUUCUUCCUGUAGGUCCGAAAGUAGAGAAUCAGGUUUCCUCCCGUUCACAUGCCCGGGUGUCUCCAUGGUUACAGACUACAAACUAACAUCAUGUAGUCUGAGCAAACUAAACGGCCAUCAUCAGUGCGCUGCAGGUUCUUCUUCUUCAUCUCCGAUUUUUAGAAAAUGUUUAAUCUUUGGGUUUUGUAAAAAUAUUCUUGA